AUGGCGAUGGGCAAAGGUUUUCGCGUCUAUGAGAAGCUGGACUCCCCCAAGCCGCACUCGGUCAUCCUGGAGCAACGAAAUCGCAAGGAGACGCUCCUCUUCGAGUCACAAGCGGUCGCAGUCCUCUCUGCUGAGGAACAUGAAUUCCUCAAACCGAAGUAUACAAAAUUGUUGGAUGCGUACGGAUGCUUGGGUGUCCUGCAGCUAAAUGCGGGAGAGAACACACUGUUGUAUCUUGUCCUGGUUACCGGAUGCUUCUCCGUGGGGAAAAUAGGAGAAUCGGAGGUCUUUCGAAUAACGCAAUCAGGUUUUGUACCAUUGUUUUACAGUCAGGGGACAGAGGAUCGUGUAUCCGAAGUCAGAAAGGUUCUGAAUUCUGGGACAUUUUACUUCUCCUGGUCCGCUGGACAGGAGUCGCUCGAUAUCACCCUAAGUGCUCAAAGAAGAUGCAAAUCGACAACUACGGACAAUAGGUUCUUCUGGAAUCGGAUGUUACAUAUUCAUCUAGUAAGAUAUGGUGUAGAUACAAGUCAAUGGUUAUUGAAAGCAAUGUGUGGUAGUGUGGAGAUUAGGACUGUCUAUGUUGGACACAGACAAGCUCGAGCAGUGCUAAUGUCUAGAUUAAGUUGCGAACGUGCUGGCACUAGAUUCAACGUUAGAGGAACCAAUGACGAUGGACAUGUGGCAAAUUUUGUAGAGACAGAACAAGUAAUUUACAUAGAUAACGAAGUGACGUCUUACGUCCAAACGAGGGGAUCAGUUCCGCUAUUUUGGGAACAGCCUGGUAUACAAGUCGGUUCUCACAAAGUAAAAAUUUCACGCGGCUUCGAAACCUCUGCGCCCGCCUUCGAUAGACAUUUAAAAAUGAUUAAGACACGAUAUGGCCAGCAAGUAAUUGUUAAUCUUCUUGGCUCUAGUCUAAUCGGUAGCAAGGAAGGGGAGGCGAUGUUGAGUCAGUUAUUUCAAACUCAUCAUAAUAUGUCAGAGCACAAGGAUGUGCCACAUAUUAUAUUCGAUUAUCAUCAAGAAUGUCGUGGUGGAAAUAUGAAAAAUCUCUCGAAACUGAAGGCGAAAGUGGAAAAAUAUUUGGAAUCGUUCUCUAUGUUCUAUGCGGUUGGCAAUACUGUGAUUCUUGAACAAACUGGCACUAUCAGAACCAACUGUCUAGAUUGUUUGGAUAGAACAAAUUGCGUGCAAACAUUCUUCGCGCUCGAAAUGCUGGGCAAACAGAUGAGUCUGUUGAAACUGAUGGAAAAGCAGCAGAUGGUGUCUCGAUUCGAGGAGGUAUUUCGCCAGAUGUGGAUCAAUAAUGGCAACGAAGUCAGCAAAAUAUACGCGGGUACUGGUGCCAUCCAAGGCAGUUCUAAAUUGAUGGACGGCGCGAGAUCGGCAGCUAGAACGAUACAGAAUAAUUUACUAGAUUCUAAUAAACAGGAAGCGAUCGAUAUUCUAUUAUUAGGUUCAACGUUAAACACAGAACUAGCUGAUAGAGCACGUUUGUUGUUACCUACCAAUAUGUUACACGCUGCGCCAAAUCUCUUACGAGAGAUGUGUAAGCGCUAUAACGAGUACGUGGUUACGAUGAAUCUCAGAGUGAGCGUCGGUACUUACAACGUUAAUGGAGGGAAGCAUUUUAGAAGUGUAGUUUAUAAGGACGUAUCUCUGGCUGAUUGGUUAUUCAAUGGGUCGCGGAAAUCAUCCUUGGUGUCUUUAGAGCAAGAUAAUACUGACAAUGACGUUCCUGUGGACAUAUUUGCGAUUGGAUUCGAGGAGAUUGUUGAUUUGAACGCCAGCAAUAUUAUGGCCGCCAGUUCAGACAAUGCGAAAGCUUGGGCCGACGAGCUGCAGAAAGUUUUAUCGAAGGACACGGAGUAUGUUCUUGUGACAUAUCAGCAGUUAGUCGGUGUCUGCCUAUAUUUGUUUAUACGGCCUGUGCAUGCGCCGUAUUUACGAGAUGUGGCGGUAGAUUGUGUGAAAACGGGAUUGGGAGGCGCAACUGGAAACAAGGGCGCCGCGGCGAUCAGAUGCGUGCUCUACUCCACAUCCUUCUGUUUCGUAUGCGCGCAUUUCGCGGCCGGCCAAUCUCAGGUGAACGAACGUAACGCCGAUUACGCUGAGAUUACAAGAAAGAUAGCAUUUCCCAUGGGCAGAACCCUGAACACACACGAUUAUGUGUUUUGGUGCGGUGAUUUCAACUACAGAGUCGACAUGGACAAGGAUGAGAUGAGGGAAAUGAUUAAGCGGGGCGAAUUGGAUCAGAUACUGCAAUACGAUCAAUUAAGGGUUCAACAAGAGCAGGGUAAUGUUUUCAAGAAUUUCUUGGAAGGACCUAUCAAUUUCGAUCCUACAUAUAAAUACGAUCUAUUCUCGGAAGAUUAUGAUACCAGCGAAAAAUGUCGUCAACCUGCAUGGACGGAUAGAGUUCUUUGGAAACGUAGGAAACAAGUACCUGAUAUCGAUUCGCCCACAGAUUGGAAUCCGGGAAAGCUUGUUUAUUACGGUAGAGCGGAAUUGAAACAGAGCGAUCAUCGUCCGGUAAUCGCCACGAUCGACAUAGAUGUACAUUGUGUCGAUUCCGAGAAACGCGAGCGCGUGUUCAAAGAGGUGAUACAGGAUCUCGGUCCGCCCGAUGGCACGAUAAUAGUCAAGGCGGUAGAGGAUAUUGAGGACAUGGAUAGCGUAUUCGACAACAAUCUCAUGUUUGCUCUAAUACAGGAUCUGUCUCAUAUCGGCGAGGCGAUUCUGGUACGUUACGUCGGCGAGACCAUCUGGGUGACAUUCAGGGAUGGUCAAUGCGCCUUGGCCGCGGCGAAGAAAGGUAUGACGCAGAUAUGCGGCCAGACGCUGAAGUUGUCACUGAAAUCGCCCGACUGGAUGCAGCUAAUUGAGAAGGAGAUCGAGAUUUGCAGCAACACCACGGUGGCGCAAUUCACGGCGAAUUCGCCGUUGAGAAGUCCCAUGCAACGAUUCGAACAAUUGGAAAUAUCCGAACGAUCGUCUCCCAGUAGAGGUAGCCCCAAUGGUGGGAUUCCACCCCCGAGACCAGCGCCACCGGGACGUCCACCUCAACCACCGAAGAGUCCUGCUCAUGAGCGAAAGGGACCACGCGCGGGUGUUUUUAGCGUGGUACCCAAUCAGUUUCCGUUUUCCAUGACGCAAUCGGCAGAUAAGACAGCAAACGAUCAACAGGACGAGAGAUUGUCGCCCGAUUCGGCCAUCUAUGAAGAAAUACCAGAUGGAUCGCCCAGCUAUCCUGUACCAAAUCGGCCGCCGCCGCCGUUACCGCGAAUGGACGGGCCUCAGGAAUCGCCGAGUAAUAGACCCUCGCCUAGCUCGAUACCUCCUCCCUUACCGCACAGGCAAGCUCCGCCGCCUCCACAGCAUCCACCGCCGAGUCUACCUCCAUCAAAUGUUCCGCCACCCGUUCCAGCGAGAACUACCGGUGGACCGCCCAUUCCGGCUAGAAAUCCUCAAUAAGAAAGAGAUGUAGGAUAAAUAUUCUCGACACCAAGUAAUGGUACAUUUAUUUAACAUUAUUCUAAUGGACGUGAUUAUUUAUGAUGUUAAUAACAACGAGUAGGCAUAAUUAACGAUGAAUCCUCGCUUCCAAACUGAGUUCCAGGUUCGCGAUAGAUAGGAUAGUUAAAAAUCUGUGAUUAUUUUAAGAAAUGAAAUCAUCAAAUCAGAAGUAAUUAUUUUAUUCGAAAGAUCUCCAAUAUCGUGAGCAUAAUUAAUUGUAGAUUUGUAUUUAUAGGGGCUGUUCUUGAGCUUGCCAAAUCUAUAUUCUGUAUUUUUCUUGUUAGUGAUAAUAUACGUACUAAUCCUGUAGAGCCCCAUUUCACAUUGGUGAUGUAGGAAGCUGUUGUUUUCACUACGAAUGUUUGAAUAACAUAAAUAUCUAUUGUUUAAAAAAUCUAAUCGAUUUAUAGUUGUUGAUGUGACACAGAGAUUUAAUACGCAUGUAAUCCGUGUUUUGAAAGCGUUAUCAAAUUGGAUAUAUCAGGAAGUUAGUGAUCCAUCAAGUUUAAAUGAAAAGAUACUUGUGGUAAUAAUGUUGUAGCUGCUUGUAUCAUGUACUGAUAUUAUUUAAAAUGUAAUUCUUGAUGUUAGUACUGCUUCUAUAAAGUUUUAGGAGUUUCUUCGCACCCAUACAGCACAGAACAUUGCAGUAAUAUUGCGGCAAUAUUGCAAUGUUGCUGCAAUGUUACAACAAUAUUAAUAAUAUUGCUGCAAUAUUCUGUGCUGUAUGGGCAAUAUCUUAAUAAUCUAAGUGUAUCAAAAACCUCCAAGGAGCUUAAUUUUACAAACAAUUAUAUAUAGCACGACAAAAGGAAGAACAUAGAGAUUCGCAAACGCAGCAGUAUUUUCACAAGUGUAAAAUAUAUAGACACACACACAACACACAUACAUAUAUACAUAGAUAUAUAAUGAUAAUCAUCUACCUGCACGAAUUUUUACACAGGGAACUAGUUUAAUUAUUUUAAAGGCGGCUAUAAUUUAGAUAUAAUCUAAAAUCUUAUCUUCGUAUAAUCUUAUUUAUUUCUCUCUUAAUUUUGAAGUUCCUACAUUUUGCAUUCCAUGAACAUUUCUAAAGCGUCCGUCCCAAUGGGUCCAACAUACCCACCUAUCUACAUUUUUUUCUUUAAAUGUUUUCGAUUAUUUUUCAGAAGACAUAGUAUUACGGUUCUUGCACAUGAUAUAUAAAUGUUCUAUCCUUUUGAUUGUCAUGUUAUACAUAAUGAAUUACGAAUGCAAAUUAAAAGAUGAGAGGACAGAAGUUAUUACUCAUAAUAUUAUAACUCACAGGAAAAUACAUAUGACGUGAUAGUCAAAAUGUUAAUUAUUAUAAAUUGUAUAUAUUAACUAUUUAUGCUAUUUUUUAAUUUCCAUUAUUUUCAGCUUUAUAUAAAGGUGGCUCUAAUAACGGGAAAAUGGACGUAUACAUAUGUGUAAAAAAUUAGUAUAACAAAAAUGGUAUAAGUGAUAUGAUGUAUGUAGAGAAAAUUGUUUCUUACAUACCUUACCUAUAUAUUAUAGGUAUAAUAUUAUAGGUAUAAUAUAAUAAAAUUUUAUCCUAUAGCACCUCAGUAAUACGCAUUCCUUUCACACUUGUAUGUGUAGUUGAUGCAUUUUAUUAAUUAGAUCCUCAUCUAGUACACAAGAUGUAAAAGAUUGGACAUGUAUAUAUGUAUCAAAUGAUCUACAAAUAAUAAAGAGAUCAGACAGGAAAGAAGAAAA